UGUAUAGGGAUGAGUGGUGGUUUAGUUGAGUCACAUGGACAAAUUGGUGCCAUAGCACAAGGAAUCCCUCUUAUUGGGGAAAUGUCCUGGAUUAAGCUUGGGGCAAUGUGAGGAAUGAAUUGAGAUUUGACCAUCGGCGACUAGAAUCCACAGAAACUCAAGAUGGCUGAGCUUUCUCGUGAGGAGAAUGUGUACAUGGCUAAGCUUGCAGAGCAGGCUGAGAGAUAUGAGGAGAUGGUUGAGUUCAUGGAGAAGGUGGCAAAGACAGUUGACUCUGAGGAGCUCACUGUUGAGGAGCGCAACCUUCUAUCAGUUGCUUACAAGAAUGUUAUUGGUGCCCGCCGUGCCUCAUGGCGCAUCAUUUCCUCCAUCGAGCAGAAGGAAGAGAGUCGUGGCAAUGAGGACCGUGUCACACUCAUCAAGGACUACCGCGGAAAGAUCGAGACUGAGCUCACUAAGAUCUGUGAUGGUAUCCUCAAGCUUCUGGAUUCCCACCUUGUCCCCUCAUCAACCGCUCCAGAGUCUAAGGUCUUCUACCUCAAGAUGAAGGGUGAUUACUACAGGUACCUUGCGGAAUUCAAGAGUGGAUCUGAGAGGAAGGAUGCUGCUGAGAACACCAUGGUUGCAUACAAAGCUGCCCAGGAUAUUGCACUGGCAGAGUUGCCCCCAACUCAUCCUAUCAGGCUUGGUCUGGCACUCAACUUCUCAGUGUUUUAUUAUGAGAUCCUCAACUCUCCUGACCGUGCUUGCAACCUCGCCAAGCAGGCCUUUGAUGAGGCCAUCUCAGAGCUGGACACUCUGAGCGAGGAAUCCUACAAGGACAGCACCUUGAUCAUGCAACUGCUGCGCGAUAACCUGACGCUGUGGACUUCUGACAUCUCGGAGGACGCUGCUGAAGAAAUCAAGGAUGCUCCUAAGGGUGAAUCUGGCGAUGGACAGUAAACGUGGUCUAUGUGCCCGGAGACUUGAACUAUUGUGUUCUUCUGUCUUCGAGUGACACUUCAAUGUGCUCUGGAUUGUCUUUUCUUCAGUAUAGAUUGUAGUGUUCUUGUGGUUUGGUCGUUUGGAGGCUCCUUAUGUUGUGAUAGGGAAGGUUGCAGAGCCUAGCUGCUUGGCGGGUUGGUUAUCAGGCUAUGAUUGUUGGGGAGCCUCUUGUUGAACCUUGCGUUACUUUGUUUUUAGAAUUUUCUGUUGCUCUUGUUUGUCAGCCGUUGUCUUCUAUUCCUCUACCUCUUUUCGAGUGGGUCAUGGGUGUCUUCUAGGUUAUGUUUUGUUGGUGUCUAAAACCAACAUUUACCAGUUUCUUGCUGAUAGCCAAAUUUAUGGUCUUUGUUUGGAUGA